AUGUCUCUGUACGAUGGUGUUGGCGGUAUUGAUACAACGGUUUCUCCUUUUGCUGUAGUAAAUUCGGUACCUGAUGAAGGAAGUACUGAGAAGCGAAGUAAUAAUGGUUCCGGACCUGAAAUUGCGAACUGGUCUUCAAAUUACAAGCUCUUACAAACGCAAAUUCAACGUCGAAAAAUUGCGGAAUCAAGUAAACAAAUGCAAAAGCCAAAAUCAGGAACCACAAUGCCGAUUAUACAUUCGAAUAAAUAUCCCCCACAGGUAUUAAAUUUGGUUUUAAAGCAUUUCAUUGUACUACUAUCGCAAGAAUGCGUAAUGGCGUUAGAUGCAGUGCGUGAGAACGCAACUACUGCAGGAUUUAAUCCAUUAUCUCGUGCACCAGCUGAGCACACUAUUGAUUUCGCUGUAAAUCACGGUGAUGAACCAUUUGAAGAAACUGAAGCAUCACUAGCAGAUAUUCGGCACGAAUACGAACCUUUAAGGCCUAAUGAUUAUGAUCAAGCCCUGGAGUUAAGAAGAAAACAAGAAAAAUUAGAAGACAAACAUGUUCGAAUUGCUGACUCUGUUGAAAAACAGGAAACCUCAAAUUCUGAAAGACGUGUGGGUGCUGCCAUUGCUCCGCCAUCUUCUCUUACAGCUUGCAUUGAAAAACCUGAAUUGCAUCUUCGAUUAUGGCAAAGUACGGUUGGAAAGAAGGCGAAGAUUAAGAUGCGUUAUGUGGAAAUUGAUAAUCUCAAUUAA